UCAUGAAUAUAAGUAAGAAAUUAUAAGAAUAGAUAACCUCUUUUCUGAGAUAACCCGAUGAUAUAGACUACAAACCCAUUGUAGUUCUGACUAGCAAGAAGAUAGAAGAAGGCCAAGAGCAUCAUGAACACAAAGAAGUUGACUCUAAAUCAAGCAGUAAUUCCAAUCUUUUUAAGGCACAGUCUGACCUUAGAAAUGUAUACCCUGCUCAGAAUUCAAAGAUAUAAAUGAAAGUGAAAAAUCCCCAAUUAUGUCAAUAACGAGUCAGUUAAGCUACUCCCCUUCAAAAUCAACUUCUCCUUCAAAAAUAAUGAGUAUGAAUCAGAUAAAAAGGUUCAGAAUGAGCAGGAGAAAUAGGGAUUACAUAAAAAUAGAUGGCUCAGUUAUUAACUCUAAGCACCAAUACUCUAGUAUGCGUAAUACCAGAACUAGAUUGCAACAAAAUAAGGCUUUUAUUAAGAACUUGUCUUCUCAAAACCCUUUGAAAUACUUUCAUAAUGCCAAUCUUAACAAGACUAAUUAUGGAGGAGAGUCAGACUACCCAACAGGCUUUAACGAUACUCGGCUCUUUAACUUUUCAACUCUGAAGUCCUCUUCCAAGAGGAAUAUCAGUUUGACUAAAAGACUAAGUUGUCAUAAUAAGGCAAUCUUAAAUUAUUCUUCAAGAAAGAACAAUUCUCAGAGGAAAAGAUCUACUUUUUCCAUUACUAAAAGGGAAGCUACUCUAACUCAAGAAGUUAGAUCAAAGAAUAUCUCUCCUUUUGUAAAAUAACUUGAACAGUUCUGGUAGUCUAAAGCCUAAGGCAAGGCAAAGAAUUAAAGUCAAUUUCCCUAUCUCAAAAAGACUUACCCAAGAGGAGUCAUUAAUAAGCAUUCGGGCGUCUCAAGAACUCAGUGGAUCUUCAGAAAAUAUGGUGGUGAAUAAGCCUCAAGAACCACGAGUAAAUGUAUCUAUCCAAGAAUCUGAUUAUGUUGAUCUAAAACACCGUUAUAGCACAUAUGAAGACAGAAGAAAUUCUAAAAGUGUCGGAACUCAACAGAAAAAUAUGGAUGUCAUUGUUCCAUUUUGCACUGCUAAAGUUACCCUGAAAAAGAGACCUAUUUCAACAUCUUAUAUUGAAGAAGAUCCCUGAGAGUCCUCAAAAGAAACAAUAAAGACAAUUGUGGUUAGAAAAAGCAUGCUAGACCCAAGAUGUAAACUCAAGAGAAAACUCGUUCCUCACUCCCUGUCAAAGCCUCAAUAUAGUUCCUUAAAACGUCAGAUAGCUUUGAAGAAUGCUCAGCAGUUCCCAAAUCCCUGUUUUAACAGACAAGAGAGUGAUCAGAACAAAGACUUGUUAAAAAUUCUGAAAUGGAGAAGGAUCAUCUAA